UCUUGUGGGAAUAUUUACAAAGGCCUUUCCCAGACAGGAGCCUGGGGCUGUUUUGAUGAAUUUAACAGGAUCUCAGUUGAGGUCCUUUCUGUGGUUGCUGUACAGGUGAAGAGUGUGCAGGAUGCAAUACGGGAGAAGAAGAAAUCCUUCAAUUUUCUUGGAGAAGACAUUAAAUUAGUACCCUCAGUAGGCAUUUUCAUCACCAUGAACCCUGGUUAUGCAGGGCGAACUGAGCUGCCUGAGAAUUUAAAAGCUCUCUUCAGGCCAUGCGCAAUGGUUGUGCCAGACUUUGAGCUGAUCUGUGAAAUUAUGUUGGUGGCUGAGGGAUUCAUUGAGGCCCGGACGUUGGCCAGGAAGUUCAUUACUCUGUACCGACUCUGCAAAGAGCUUUUGUCCAAACAG